AUGAAAGAAACUUAAAAAAAGAAUCCUUUUAUAGACUUUAAUAGGUUAUCAGACUUAAUAGAUAUUUAAAAACCUGUUGAUCUUAGUGGAAGCGAAUAACUAAAAAAAUCAAAAUAAAUUCAAACAUUUAAAAAAAAAUUGCAAAGAAACAAAAUAUGCAAAUGA